AUGUCUGAGAGUACCAGUACAUUUGGCUCCGGCCUCCACGACACUAGUCUCCCCAAUAACGCAAUCUCACUCAACUCGGGCAUUGUCGUCUACGGGAUCAUCAUCAAACGACCAUACCGACACUCGGACUCGCCGGCAGACCAAGACGAGUACAACGACCGUCUUGACCUGCUUGAACACGAAAAGCAAAUCUAUCGACGUCUCCAAGGCUGCGAAGGAAUCGUGCCAUUCCUAGAUCUAUCCGGCCCGGCCAUCUUACUCCCUCUGCUCCCAGAAGGAACAUUAGACCGCUACCUGAAGCGUAACAAUGUGCCUCGAACACGAGCCGACCAACUGAAGUGGGUCAAGCAGAUGGCCGGUACACUGGCUCGAAUGCACGAUCGCCGCGUCCUGUUUGUCGACGUCGCAUCGAGAAAUAUGCUCAUCCAUCCCGACGGCUCGAUUGUCUUUUGUGACUUUGGAGCAUCGUCCAUCUUUCCGCUAGAAACUGAUAUCUGGUCGGUACAAGAGUGCGGGUUCUCUUUUGCAACGGAUAUUUGCGAGCUAGGCGCCGUCAUCUAUGAAGUGGUUCAUAAUGGUGCGCGACAGAUUGCUGACUUUGACGGGAUCGCCGACGAAUGCGGUGGUUGGCCAUCCAGAGAUAAACUCCCUGCUAUUAUUACGGACGAUGUCUUUCUGGGAUCCGUCAUCGAGGCGUGUUGGACAAAGGGGAGGUUUCGGACGACGCAUGAGCUGUGUCAGAUGCUUGAAGAGGAGGAUUUUCAUACCAACGAGGCCGGGGUGGGUGGUGAUCUGGUGUCUGGUUGA